UCUCCUCUCGUCUCACGUGUCAUCGUCGGUGAUCUAUGUGUGAAAAAUUUCAAGCUUAUGUUCAUUAUUUUCGAUGUUAAAUUUCAUAUUUAUCGCGAACUCAUUGUUCUAUCGUUUAGAGUGUAUCUCUAAUCACCUUACGUGUUAAUUUUGUAGUGGAUUUCUCGAAUCAUUAGUGCCAUUCUUCAGCGCAGGUGUAAGUACAACUCCUGCAAUACUACGAAUACUUGUUAUCGUUUUGGCUGUUUCAAAAUGACCGUUUAAACGAUGAAAAUUCAUCAAUGAGAUCCUUCAAGUAAUAAUUUUCAAAUACUGACAAUCUACGUAACAUCUGAGUAACCUUAUCGGUGUGAUUAUUUAGCCAGCGGCGUUUAUAAAUACUUUCAAAAUGGAUAACGAGAAAAAAAUAAUGAUGGAUACCAUACGAGAUAUGUUUAAUGGAACAUUCGAUGAAGAUAUUUUAGAAUCUGUACUGGAGCAGCGUGGUUGGGAUACUGAUCGAGCACUGGACGAUUUGAUGGUUAUGGCUCAAGGAUGCACUUUCGAAAUACCAGUCGAUGAUUUCAUAGAAACUGAUCCUCAUUCUCAACCGAAGGAUAGACCAUCUACCAACUCUGUAUCCGAUUACAUUACUCAAAAUGGCGGUGGUGGCAUUAGCGACGAAAAGGAGGAAAGUGAAAAUGAAAUAAUCGUAGUCGACGAGGAAGAAUUUUGUCUGACAGGUGAUUCGGAAUCGGAUGAUGCGAAAUCAGCGACACUAAAACCGCUCAAUACUGAUCAACCUUCGUCUUCCAAGCCAUCUUACGCUAACGUGGCUCAAAAAAAUCCACCCGUUUAUUCCCAAAUAUCGCAAAUCAAACCACCGGCUAUUCUAUAUCAAGGGUAUACUUCGUUCGAUCGAAUCAAACGUACUCGAGAUUCGAUCGAACGAGUCAAACUGUUCGUUCGCGAAAAAUCCAAAAUAAUGAUUAUUUUACGAGGUUGCGCCGGUAGUGGAAAAAGCUCUCUGGCUAAAAAGAUACUAACUUGUUGCGGUUUAGAGUCUAAAAAUCCAUACUGGUAUAUUCAUUCGACCGAUAAUUAUUUCCAUCUUAAUAAUAUGGGUACUUAUCAACACGAUUCGACUAAACUGGGUAAUGCUCAUUCGUGGAAUCAGAAAAACGUCUUGUACGUUAUUCACGAAGGUCUCACUCCGGUCAUUAUCGAUAACACUAAUACGAAAAUCUGGGAGAUGGAAGCGUACGCUAGGAUGGCUGUCUGCGCUGGUUACGAAAUCGAGGUUAUCGAACCAGAUACUCCUUGGGCUUUUCAAAUAGCCAAGUUGAUGCAAAAGUGUAUCCAUCAGAUUUCCGUCGAAAGCAUGAGAAUGAUGCUAGCUCGGUACGAUUAUAACGUUAGUCCGUCCUUGUUACUGAAAUCGUUUCAUUUAGAAUACAGCCCCGAUAAUACUCCCCCUCAAACCGGAACUACCGAGUUAACAAACCCGUCAUUAGUAUCGUUAUUCGAAGAUUUAUACAAUACAAUCCACGUCUUCCCGAAACAACUAAAGAAACUGCGCAAACAACAACGCCCUAGUCGUAAAGCCCGAAGGAAGCAACGCGAAUUAGAAGACCAACAACUCGACGAGCUUGUCCAGUCAAUUGAAAACUGCGGCCAACAAAACGAUGGCGAAGAUUCGACUCAAGAUGAAAAUGAUAUAGAUCUAGAUAACGAAAUACUCCAAUCAUUCGCCAAAAGGAAUCUGGCCCUUGGUGCCAACGAAACUACAUCAGACUCGGAUAAAACCUACGACGACGAGUCGGGCGAAUCGGUCAUCUCCGGAGUCGAUGAUGAAUCGCCCGAUCACUCGGGCGAUGAAUCAGAUGACGCUGAGAACGAUAGCGACGAAUCGGAUUCAUCCGAUGAAUCAGAUUCGUCAGCCGAAGCGACCGAAAAUGAUAUGGACGAAAGCGAAACCGUACCUGUUGAUCAUACAGACGAAGAACCCGAACCUGAACAGAAAAACCAACAGAUUGAGUCGAACAAAAGUGAUAUGAAAUGCGUCAAUUCGAUCAUCGACAGUUUUAAAAACCCUGCCAAUUUAGACGAAAAUGAACUCAGCGUUGAAAUUAAUCCCUCUAACAAAAAUAAAUUCUCUAAUCGUCUCUACGACAUGUUAUCCCAAACUACCCCCAGGCUAAAAUGUUUCGAGAAUUUUCACGAUGAUUUGAUCGAUGAUCUAGAAGGAGAUCAUAUCGCCGAUGUUAGCGAUCCUGCUCUUAUACAAAAUGUUACUAAACUUAUCGACGAAGAUUCAGAUUCCAAAACUGAACCGGUUCAGGACUCGGUGGACUCGGUUUGGAAACAAAUCUCUAUUUCUGAUUCACUUCCUUGUACAUCGAUCGUAGCAAAUAUCCUGAAUAACGCUUUGAAACCGUUAGAAAAAUCUAUUUGCUCCGAUAACACUCUCAAUGAAUUAGCUACAGUUACAGAUAUACCCAGGUUGAUUACUCCAGACGAAGAGCCAAUCCCAUCAAUCACGAAAGAAACCUCUCCCAAUGACCUAGACGAUCGUCUUUCUACGGUUUCAAAUAUAAUCGAUAGUAAUAGAACUUCAGUCGAAUCAUUUCACGAUGCUGAAGAAUCCCUCAAUAGUAGUUUCGCGUCACCCGAGGUCACCGUAAUAUACAACGAACCGGAGAAAAAAUUCAACGAAACAAAAUCCAAUAAGAGUUUGAAAAAUAUAAACGCAGCAGCUGCAUCUUGUGCGGAAGAUGAUCGAAACUCGUUACUAAACGAAGCUAGAAAACUGACCGGUAGCGUCGAAUCGGAUACUUCGCUAUCGUAUCGGAAUAAUUUGAACGAUGGCGACGAUUCGGUCGCUGAGAAUUACACCGAUCAAGUAAUCAGUAGCAGUAAAUUUAAACCAAUCGGGGACGAGGUUUCUUCGUCCAAUGUAAUGCUUAGAAACGUAAUUGAAAACGAUCUAUGGGGUAAUAGUUUCGAAGAUAACGCGAAUACAGUUGGUACCGAUGGUAACAGAUGUCCUUCGGAGAACUCCGAUGAAAACUCAGACUACGGAAGUAACUCCAGUUCAUCGGACGAGCUCAAGUUUACCGAUAUUCACAACAGUGCAAAUCGGUUCGUAAAUAACGAUAUUAGAGACGCUGUAACCGGUGAGAAAAAGAAACAAAACGUUAACGUUGCGAUAAAGAAUAAAAAUACAAUUGUAACCGUAGCCUCUGAAGAAGAUAACGAGGCUGGCCAUCCUACAUGGAGUGUUGAUUCGACCGUUGAAUUGAAUACCCUGAAGGAACGAAUCCUGGUGAAUAGUUUAGAUAAAGUGUUCGGGCAAAAGUCAUCACCUUCUGCGGCCGAAGACCAAGACACAGAAGAGGGUGAACUGAGACCAGUGAACUUGUCUCGCAAGUCUUCGUCGACUGGAGCCACGUUCCAAUUGAUAGAGAAUAAACUGAACGAGGUAUCUGAUAAAAAUAUUGAACGUGAUCAGGACGAGGCUGCGACCGUACCUCCUCGCGAUGAACAGAAUGCCGAGAGUAGUAGCAAGUUUUGGAGUCAGUGGAUGAAGGGUGAUAGUUGGGAUGCGAAAGAAUCCAGUGAAUCGAAAGAUCCAAGCAAGAGUACUGAAGCUAAAGCUCCUCGUCCCAAAAACGCAUCGGCUGAUAGUCCGAGCAAACAGAAGAAUACAGAUAUUUCGCAUAGUAUUAGAUUAGUCAACGAUAUCAAGAAUGCAGACAAAAAUAAAAUACUAGGUCAAAAACUAAAAACCACCAAUUUCGAGCCGCUCAUGAACGAUUACUUCAAAUACCGAAGCUACCCGAACUCCGAAGACUCAAUGUUCGGCUUACCGGUAGCUUACGACGGUAAAUUCAAAAACAUCCUGCACGAUUCGCCCAAAGAAACUUCACCCUACUACGGUAUCAACACACUGCCGAAGAAACUCAACGAAGAAAAUUCCGAUCCUGAAGACCGAAUUAAACCAUCCGGUUCAUGGAGCUUAUCAGACGACUCAUCCGAUAACGAUUCCACUCGUGACGCUUUCAAACGUGACUCAACUUCUAAACUAGACUCAGACUCCGAACAACCCAAACCAAUCCGUCGAACACCAGGCAAACGACCCGAAGAAAAACCUUCGGUAUUCGUUGACGAACUGGUUCGCAGAUGGAAGAAUAUAGCCGUGGAAGAGACACCGCCAGACUACGAUAAAAUUCUAAAAUGGAGUCCGGUCAACGACGUAGUCGAUAUAGUCGACUGGAACAUGGAAGAUAACAAGUUACCGGUCAAAAUAAGCAAUUGCACGAAACCGCAACGUCCCUCCAGUGGUCAAUCCAAGGUGAAUUAUUUCCUACCCGAAGACAUACUUAAUGCUAAACGUGAUAGUUUCACCAAUACCGGAACUGACAAUUUCACCGAAGAGGAUCAGUGCAGAGUGGCUCGUUGCAGAGAAAUCAAUGGUAAUCGAGAUGUCCUUGAAAUACCUUCAAACGAUUUGAAUACGAACUGCGAAAAAAGCACCAUGACCGAAGGCAGCUGUUAUACUGUUAAAGUUAAACCCAUCAGGGAAGAUUUAUCAAACAUGUUCCCCGAAGAGAUGGCUGAUACUAUACUAGACUUGUACGAAAAAUGUAACGGAAAUAUGGAUUGGAUUAUCGAGAUUCUAAUGGAAGAUGGAUACUCGCCGAGUGAUGACCAGCUCGAGUAUUUGAGUUCGUUGCAGAAUGUCGUCAAUUACGAUGUUUCUAUUGACUUCGUUGCCAGAGAUAAAGAUAAACCCGCUAACGAAAAGAAGAAAAACAAAUCGAACGGCAACGGUGGCAAAAACAAUCGUCGCAAUAAUAAUCAUUUGGAUGAAAGUUUAACCGAGUCGCCUAAAAAAAUCAAAAAGAAGAAAACUGAUUCCAGAGACGCAAACAAACCACCUUCAAAAUUCGACUUCGAAGAAUAUUACACCAACGAAUCGCCAUUUAACGUUGAACCAACCGAUGAAGAUGUUAGCGAAGGAAGCGUCGAUUUAUUCUUGGAUGCGACCAUGGUGCAGCAGUUGAUUGGAUUUUUUGGAAACCCAACCGUGUAUAGUUUGAAUGAUUGCCAACCAGUUAUCAAAUUACCUAUUUCGUUGGCUCGUCAGAUUCACGCCUCUUUAUUCGAAAGUGUCAUCGAUCAAGCAGAAAAAAAUGAAUUUUUAAUCAACCAAUUAGCAGAAGAUGAAUUAAUCACAGAAGAUCCUCAGAAUAUAGAAGAUUCGUCAAAAGUUACAGAAAACGAUAUGAUGGAGGUGGAAAAUUCACUCUUUGACGUUAUCAACAGCGAUGUAGCAAAAUCGUCCAAUAAUGAAGAUUCCUUCGCCUCGAAAUUAUCGUUAGAUUUAUUACUAAAAUCAUUCCCAACCGUCGAUCCAGCUUUCGUUCAUACGACUUUUAAAGCAAAUAAUUUCAAUUAUUACGAUACGAAAAAAGUCCUGAGUCAAAUGUCGCCCGAAGUCGCAACCAAUUUAACAUUCAAUUUGAACGACAAAGCGCGUCUAGUCGAUCGAAUUAAAACCAACAACGACGUACCGCUAUUUGAACCCGCCACCGCAACCACUUCGUUAGCCCGCAACGAAAUACUCGAACAGGUGAACAGCUACCGAGACGAUGCCGCCUUCAAUUACGAACAAUGGCAAAAAUUCAACGAACAGCUGAAAACCGCUCUUCAACGCAAACGCUACGGUGUCGCUCCUUAUUACCGAGAAUUAAUGAGCGCGUUUAAGCAAAAAUACGAAGAUGCCAACGCCAACGCCGCCGCCGUACUUAUUAACUCGUGUUGUAAGGACAACUCCAACGUUAUCGAUUUACAUUUCUUCAAAGUUACCGAAGCAUUGAGAGCAUUGGAUAUAUUCUUGGAUCAUCAUAUUGCCCGUUUAUCCAAUACCGGUCGAGCGAAAACAACGCUAUAUAUUAUCACCGGUAGAGGAGCUGGAAAUUUCGGCGGAGUUUCCCUGCUGCAGCCUCCUAUCAAGAGUAGACUCAAAAAGAGAAAUAUCGAAUUUGAGGUUCAGCCUUACAAUACUGGAUUAGUAGUCGCGGUAGUACGAAAAAGUUCGCCUCUGACUAACGAUUUGUGAUAUAUACUGAAUAUUCUCUCUUGCUCGUUCACGAAUUUAUCCUUGUCCUAUGAUCUAGCAAAUAUUAUUAUACUUACCCGUUGUGACCUGAUAUCGUUGAAGUGGAUUAGUUCUUAUUAUUUUUAUGUGUUUUUAUUAUUAUAGUAUUUAUUUUUACGUUGAACUUUGUACCCUACGAGUACAACGUUCUAGAAGGUCAUUUAUUUUUACGCCCUUUUGCCCCCUUUUUUUUUCUUUUUGGUAAUUUAUCGAGCGCCUUAAAUAACAUGUAGGAUACAUUAUCCAAGACUUGGAUUUAGUGAUUCUAGUCGUGAUAAGGUCGUGUUUAGAAAUAUGUUUCACAUAAACUAAACAUAUUAUUUUACUUUGAUUUCUGAGAAUCAUUGAUCAUUUUUAAAGUCAUCGAAGAUGAUCGUCUUAAUAUUUUCGACUAAUAACUGACAUUGUUUAAAAUUAUUUUCAUUUCAACUUGAUUUCAAGACUGAAUAGAAAUAUUUUAUAAUUCGAUAUGAUCGGGUUCGAUUCACGUUCAGUGAGGGAUUUGAAAAACUGCCUCGAACGUGUUCGAUUUUUUUAAACGAAAAAUUCUGAUAAAAGAAUUAUUCUUUAAUUUUUUUUCAUACAUAUUAAUUGUAAAUCGAAUCGAUUUUUUGUGAUCUUCUCGUGAUCAUUCAAGGCUGUUUCUCGACACUUUUUUUGCCUCUACGUUGAAUUUUGAAGUGCGGAGUCGCACGCGGACGUAUGUAAUUUUAAUUCUAUUUAUUAUUAAUCGUCCCAAGACUGAUUUUUAUUUGAUUCGAAGGAUUUUUAUUAAUCUGAUUGGUUGAUAUUCGUUUUGUUUUUUUUUUCAUUUUCGAGCAUCCUCUUAGCCUUAAUUAUAAUAUUUUCUAACCGCAGGUUUUUUUUUCUUGUUCUAUGACUAAGGGUUUUGUUUGUAUUUUUCCCCCCUAAAGUUCACUGUUUUUUUCUAUCGUACUGAUCUCGAUCGGUGUACGAUUCUGUUUCUUUAUUUUAUUAUUUUCGAUAAGGUUGAUGUACCAUUUAAUACAUUUAUGUAACCGUCGUUGGAUCUUUUAAUACUUAUUAAGUUUAAUUUUUAAGUAAUCAUGUUGAAGUUUCUUUUUUAUCCUAAAUGUCUACUUUCGUUGAUUUAUCUUUUUAAGUUGUAGACGUACCAUUAAAAGUUUUAUUUUUCGAGGUUAA